AUGACCACGCAGCGCGACCACCUCUUUCCGGCGACGUCGAUAGGGCGCACUCAAGGCCGUCUGAGCAGGACACCAUCGAAUGAAUCCCUCACUGCGCAUCCUCUUCUGUCGCCAACGGGCGACUCUCCACAACGAUAUGUACCGUACACGCCUAGGCAGCGACUACCAACUACAACGGCGAUGACGACGACGAAUGUACUACCUUCAGCCUCCUCUACAAGCACACAGCAUCAAGGCGACGCGACGAGCAAGUUGCAGCUCAUGAACCUCAAGGCGGCCGCCCAGAAUAUCGGCCUGGAUACCGGAACAGUUGGUUGGGCCAUUCUCGAGAAGCUCGCCUCUGAAACGGAGAGCGCAGAGGAAUGGGUAGACGUUUGGAGCGCCGUUACCAAUGGCAAGGCAACACUUUUAUUACCAUUGGAAACGGCGACCAACGAAAAGAUCACUGCCGACUUUGUGAAGGACCAUAUCAUCCUUUGCGAUGGGCCUUCACGCAAGGACGCACCUAUCGUUACUUUGUCUGGUCUCCGAGGUGUACUGAACAACACGACCCUUACUUUCCAAUCCUCCCUUCACCCUUCCUCAAAGCUCUACCAAGGAAUACUUGCUCCUUCCACACGAUCCACAACACUCGGAAACCUACCUCCUUUACCUCCAGUGACCGCUGCGUUUCCUUCUUUUCGAGUACCAGCGCAUACUACAUCUUUACCUGUUCCACCUCGUGCGAAACCUCCACUACCCCCUCGACCAUCUCAGCAAGCUUCGCGUUUAGCAAAUCCUUUUGCAUCUCUCUUUGGUCAUAAAUCGACACCGUCAACGAGCAGCAUUUCUAGCGUUGAAGAUACUUCCCCCCCAUCCCCUGCACCUAUAAUUAUCCCCGCAUUUACUAUCUCAGAACCGGUUAUCUUCAACAACGUAUGUAAGCAGACCCUGCUUGCACUCAAGACUCGCAUAUCAGAGUCACUAGCUGGUUCACCUCGCUGGCUGAUCAAUCGUACGCAAGUGUUCACGGAGAGCUUCCACCCCUUCACCCGAGUGAGAAAAUCGGAGACUGGCGGAGAAACUAAUCACGGCGUGAAAUACACGAUUCAGCCCAUCGACUAUGACACGGUAGAGGUGGCAGACAUGUUUCAAGACUUUUACUAUGGAAUAGAGGAGGAACUUAGAUUGCGAGCAAGGAAAGAAGAUGAUGAGAAGAGUGAGCUCGAAGAUCCGUCUUCUGAGGACGACGAGACCAAGGUGCUUGAUUGUGUCGAAAAGGCGAUAUGCGAGACGUUUUAUGAUAGACUCUUACAUCCUACACAGUCGGAUGAUCUCAGUCAUGAUGAAGCAUUGUCCAGUCGUGUUGCUGCACUUAACAUGCUCGACCUGGGUCUCCAUCAUCUUGACAUCAUUAUUGAUGGGGAUGUCACCGACCAUGAACAGCUGGAUAGUUUAAUUCAGGCAUGUGGAGACAUGCUGACUAAAUUACAAUUCGUCCAAUCACCGGCUGAUAAGGCUGCGCUUCUUGUUGAGGCUCACAAGGUUAUCGUUGAGGGUCUGACGAGAUUGCCGCCUAUACGCUUGAGAAACGAGAACGAGACGUUGCCAGAGGAAGUGAUGCUGGAGCCAACACGGAUGCCAAGAAGUCUAAGUAAGGAUAAGGAUAAGGAUCAAAGGUCACGAUCGCAAUCUCGCAUUGAGUCUCAAGCGAAGGAUUCCUCCCCGAACUCACAAUUGGUCCCUGCAAUCGUCGAACCAGAACACAAGGUUAACGGACUCGCCAUACCUGAUGCUUCGACAGUAGACGACGAGAAUAAGUCGAUUUCCCCCUCCCCUUCAUCACCUCGACCUUCUACCGUGGCUUCAGACAAAUCCAACUCACCCCGAGAUGGAACACCGAUAUCUCUCGACGUUCUCUUCCCCCUUCUCAUUUUCUCUGUUGUCAAGUCUAACCCUCCGCAUCUUGUGUCGCAUGUAUUGUAUACCCAACGGUUCAGGAACAAACAUGCAAACGGGGAAGAAAACUACUGCGUUAUCAACCUUAUGGCCGUUAUCGAGUUCCUCGAGAAUGUGGAUUUGAAGAGCCUCGGCUUGGGCCAGGAGGGUGGACGAGUAUUGAGCACGGCAGAUCUGACACCGAUACCUAUCGUGACGUCCGCAUCCUCUCCAUCUUCACGGGCUUCCUCACAGGAGCGGGGCACCGCCAAGGAUGGAUUACGCGAUCGUGUGGAGCAGCAAGUCGACGCGAUCGCUGGAUCUGCGAACAAGGUCAUCACAGGUGUUGUCGAUACCUCAUUCGGAAUGCUCAAAUCUCUGCUGCCAAACAAUACGAACGCACCUGCGUUGGAUAACGUGCAAGGCUCUGCUCCAUGGAAUGCGGUGAGGCCCGGGUUUGGACUGUUGAGGAGGGAGAGUGGGUUUUCGAUCAAGAGCAUGUUACCUGGGUCGACGCCGAAACUAGGCGGUGAGGAGGAGCUAGUGACGGUGUCAAGGCCGGGGUCGGUGCGGAGUAGGAGGAGCAGGGCUGGUUCGGUUCGGAGUAGGGUACUUGUGUCGAGUGAUGACGAGAGUGAGGAUGUGGAAGAGGAGGAGAGCGAAGAGAGCGAAGAUGAUGACGACGACGACGAUGAAGCAGACUAUAGUCCUCCUGGGGAUACGAGGAGUAUCAAGAGUUUCGAGAGCAUGAUGAGCAAGAAGAAGAAGAAGCGGAGGAAGGCACCGCGACCGAGUUUGAGUGACCGGUUAGCUAGUGUUUCCGGUCUUACUGCGAAGAAGGUACGCAGUUUUAUCUUUGCUUCGUUUUCGCCUCCACCGUCAAGAAGGCCGUCUAUCUUGCCUACGACUACUCGGUUUGAUAGUCCCGUCGCGGAGUCCGCGACACAGGGACGUUUAUCCCUAGCGCCGCCGAAUAAACGAUUCUUAGAUUGUGAGGUGGACGAUUUGAAAAUGUCAGAGAUAGCGGAGCUGUUGAAAGAGUAUAGACGUGUUGUAGAAGGUGUUAGAGCGAUUGGUGGCUUUGAGCCUGAAUAA